AUGGAGGGGGAGGCGGCGAGAAGGGCGGCGCCGCCUCAGGAGAAGAAGAGGAAGCGCGGGCGGGUGGAGCUGCGGCGGAUCGAGGACCGGACGAGCCGGCAGGUGCGCUUCUCCAAGCGCCGGAGCGGGCUGUUCAAGAAGGCCCACGAGCUCUCCGUGCUGUGCGACGCCGAGGUCGCGCUCGUCGUCUUCUCCCCCGCCGGCCGCCUCUACGAGUUCGCCUCCCCAAGCUCCAGCAUUCAAAAAGUAUUUGGUCGAUACUGGGACCUUGCCAACACAUCGAUUGAUCUCAAUAUCGAGGCACGAGACUCAUCAAGGGUUGACUGCAAUAUACUACAGCUUUCUCAGAAUGAGGAGCCAAUUGGAGGCUCGUUACCUGACCUGCUAAUUAUGAUUGCACAAUGGGCCAUGGAAGAAAAUCUAAAUGAGCUGAACAUGGCUGGGAUAAGAGGCUUGGAGGAAGCACUGGGCGAAGCUCUGGCACUUAUCAGGGUGAUCCUAUAUAUCUAA